AUUUAUUUUAAUAAAGGACAGAUUGAUAAAAAAAAUUUAGAACAGAACGCGCGAAAAGAUCUCAAAUUUGUUUAUUACUUAGUUUUACAAACGACUGUGAUUUUUAAGAUUAGUUUUGACAGGAGACGAUUAUCGUCGAGCGGCCAUUUUUGUUGGAGUCGAAAGUUUUUUUUUUGAAAAUUUUGGGUAAAUUGUGAUAUUGAAAUUUGUAUUUUUCGGUGUGAUUUUUAUACGGGAGUGUUUGCGGAGAGUUUUGAUAUUGUGUAAGUUUUUGGCUGUGUUUUUUUGUUUAAAACGUUUUGGAAAUUCAAACGGACUUGGUGAGGAUUUUUUUUUAACUGAAAGUACGUGUGUAUUGAUCUCAGAGGAUUAUAGACGUAAAGGGAGGACGAAGAAAAUUCCCUAGAGCUGUUUGCAGAUCUGGAAGAGUACCAAGUUUACUACACCCUAAAUGCAAGGAACCAUUAUAGGGCUCCUGCAGAAUACGGACUUUGUUUGAGACCACUUAGAGAUAAUUCUACUAACAUACAACCGAAAGAUUCUACAGGUUCUUCCCCGUCCAAGGGCGCCGGCGGCGGUGGCUUCCUCUCGGGCAAGUUGACCUCCGGCAGUGGCGGUGCCUAUACGAUGUUGAAGGAAGAGGACUCCUCUUCCAACAAUACUUCGACCACACCAAAUUCAAAUUCGACCAGUUCGACGAACAGCAGUCUUAGAUGUGUCGCCUGCGAUAGUGAGAGGCAACGGACUGGCUGGUUGACUGCCAUGAGACUGGCAAAGUAUGGAAAGCAGCUUCGGGAAAAUUACAGGGCUUUUAAAAACAAAAGCGAAACCAUGCAGAAUAAGGACUACGCCACGUACGCCAUCACGAAUGAUUCUUUGCGGUCGCGAGUGGCGAUGGACUUCACUGGAGCCCAAGGACGGAUUGUUGAAGAUCCUGCUGAGGCUUUGGCAGUGGCGGACGCCGAAGGGUGCUCCUGGAGGCGCCGAUGGCGCCCCACACAAAGAAAACAACCGCCUCCAUUCAGUGACAGAGAUAAUAGGUUCAUUAUGACGAAUUCCAGUAAUAUCAUACCGAACCGUAACCAGCACCACUCCUCCACCAACUCCUCCCCGUCCUCACAACAACUCUCUCCAUCCAACAACCAUCUCAACCAUCACCACGGUUCCGCGCCCGGCAAUAACACUUUGUACCUGAACCACCACUCCACCGCCACAUACAACUCGGGCACCACACCACCGACUUCGAUUCAAUUGAUAUCGAACCACCACGUGUCUCGGAGACAGCAGCAGAUGAUGGGGUCGCAGUUCUCGAAGAGCCCCACUGGCAAUAGUGUACUGAUGCAGAAUCAGCAGAACUACCAGCAGAACAUGUCGCAUUUGACGAAGCAGUGGUUCCAUCCUGGAGUGACGAGGGAGCAGGCGGCCGCUAUUCUGGUUAAUAGGCAGACGCCGCCGACUGGAGACGGUAUUUUCCUGGUCAGAGAGUCUCGAUCAUCACCAACUCGUGGUCACUUCGUGUUGACCUACAGACAUGCAGGCAGGGCCUGCCACGCUCACAUCAGGCCAAUGUUGGAGCAAUCACAAAACGACAACACGUCCAACAAUUCCAACACGAGCAACAACAAAAAUGAUUCGAGAAACAACAUUAACAAUUUCUCGAACACAAAAGGUACCAGACAAUCAUCACAAAGUAAUCACGGAUCAAACUGUUGUGCGGGCAAUGUUGUCUAUUCGCUGGACGGAGGGGAAACAAAGUUUUACGAUCUGCAGCAGCUCAUAGAAUUCUACCAGUUGAACACGACCAGUGGUGCUCUACCGGUCAAGUUAACAAACUAUGUGUCUCGAGAUGAUGUAACAAGGCACAGGACACAAGACAGUGGCAGUUAUUAAUUUAAUACCAGCCAAGGAUAUUUUCAGAAAAAAAAAUCAGUCUGUGGUAAGAUACAUACUUUAGUCUAAAUUAUUUAUUUUAGUCCAAUGGAAACGAGACAAGAUCCGUUUGUCGCGACAAUAGAUUCUGAGAACUUGGGAUUUGUUAAUGAAAUAAUUAGCAAUAAUUAAUUGUAUUAAUAUUAAUUUAAUUUGAUAUUUCAUGUUUAUAUAUUUAAGGGAAGAACUUAUUUUUGAAAUAUCACACUUUUAGUAGAUUAAAUCUCAGAAAUUCUAGU